GCGGGCUGGGGGAACUUAACGACGAAACGGAAGUCCCCCGUGAGCGUCUUGAUGGAAUGUAGUGAGUUGGCUAGCUUGAUAGCAAAUUAGCUGUAAAGUCGACGAAUUGUCCUGUCAAACAUUGAAGAUAUAUCGAGUGGUCUUUAAAUAUUUAUCCAACGAUGCCAGAGCCUGCGGAGAUGAACAGUCCUGAGAUGGCGAAAACACCAGGUGGCAGCAGUGCCCCCGGGAAAGAGAACGUGGCCAAUGGGCACAAGGAGGGAGAGGUGGGCAACAACAACAACCCCUUCGCUGACUACAUGUGGAUGGAGAACGAGGAGGAUUACAACAGACAGGUGGAGGAGGAGCUUCUGGAACAGGAGUUCUUAGAACGCUGUUUCCAGGAAAUGCUGGAAGAGGAGGAUCAGGAUUGGUUCAUCCCCGCCAGAGACCUCGCCCCUGGGGUGGGGCAGAUUCAGCAACAGCUCAACGGGCUAUCUGUCUCCAAUGGCAACGCAGAUGAACUCGCGCGCAAGAGCAGCUUGAACCCAGAGGCGAAGGAGUUUGUUCCGGGAAUGAAAUACUAGGGUCCUCCUGCCAGUAGGGGAACCCUCAUAAAGACUCUUUGUGACUGCUGGCUUCCCAGCAGACACCCUUGCACUUGCCUGCUUUUGGGCUGUGUGGGGUACAUGGGGCGGGGUUGGAGGGUGGGCUGGGGUAUACUCUUCAAUAAGCUUUUGGUCGCAUUCCUCUGCUCAGACGUUGCAUGCAUCAACCGAUGGUUUCGUGCCAAGUCAUCUACUGUGCCGUCGGGCACCAGAUUGCUAUGACAUGUGGUUAGGGUUAUAAAUAAAAUACCUAUUAAAUAAAAUACCUAUUCAGGAGUUGUAAGAUCUGGAAUGCGUCAGCACCGUCUGAGUAGGGGAAUGCAGCCUUUUAUUUCCGUUUUGUUCCUAUGUGGUUAACUAGGCAGGGGGCAGUGAUGGGAGAAGGGUGGGCAGGGGCCAUAUCAGUAUAAAAUAAUCCUAUUGGACAGAAUGGGAGGGGCCAUCAGUAUAAGAUGUUCUUAUUGGACAGACGGCAGAACUGGAGGUCAGAUCUGCGUAGAAAGUUUGGUGUUUUAUUUUUGUUCUUUCUCCUCAAUCUCAAGUGCAGCCGUGUGAGUCUGUCGUCGUGGUGAUCGUGGCUGGAGAUUUCUCUCCCCUGAUCAUUGUUGCAGUUUCCUUUUUUUGUCUUCUCUUUUCUGGAUGUUUUUCUUUUCCUUGGAGGCUGGUUUUAGGGUAGGUAGUGUGUAGGGCAAAGUAGGCUUGGCGAAAGAUGGACAGACUGCAGUGUACAGAAGGAUUGGAUGGGAUUUGGCUGCGGGGGCGUAGCUGACCUGCGAGGGAUUUCCAUGGCAACAAUUUCGUUUUUCCGUUUGGUUGAUAUGUAAAAACUUGAGUUGAAAUCCUGUCACAGUGUGCGACUUGCAUUAGCAAACGAGGACAAAGUAUGAUGGAAUAAAGAUCAGGUACCCUCUGGGA